AUGAAUCAAAUCCCCGGUCUUGCCGAUAUGGGCGAGGAAGUGCUGGACGUGGAAGAAGAAGCAUUCCUCCUCUUUGCCCAGGAGGUUCCAAGCAAUAAUCUGGGGAUGAUCGAUCCUCGUGCCCCAGCCGUCGAGAUCCCCAUCAACGGCAAGGACUACACUAUCCAUCAAUCCCCAUCAUUGCUCUCCUCGCAUCGAGCGGGAGGCACAACUGGUGCCGUCCUAUGGAAAAUCACUCCCCGCUUCGCGGAAUGGAUCACCAAUCCCAAAAACCCUCUCUGGUCAAGUGGCCUCCUCGAUCAAUCCUCUACAGUCGUCGAGCUGGGGACCGGUAUCUCGGCGCUGGUCGCUCUCAGCCUAGCCCCCUUGCUACACCACUAUAUCGCAACUGAUCAAGAAUACGUGCAUAAAUUAUUCCGGACAAAUCUCGACGCCAACGCAGCCAAUCCUACUCCUACAACAACAUCUAACAAGAAAUCCAAAAGCAAAGGCUCCAAAUCCAAACCCAAACCCGCGAACCCUGUGACUAACAUCUCUUUCACGACCCUUGAUUGGGAAACCGAUCAGGCAGGCUCAUUGAAAGAAGAAUGCCUCGACUCCGUCGACGAAGACAAAGGAUUCGAUCUCCUACUAUCAUGUGACUGUAUCUACAACGAGGCCCUGGUGGCGCCCUUCGUACGUACCUGCGCGGAGAUAUGUCGGCUCAGACCGGCAUAUGGCGAGGGCGAGGAGAUUGGUUCCCAUAGACCUACGGUUUGCAUCAUUGCUCAGCAGCAAAGGUCUCCCGAUGUCUUUGAGACUUGGUUGAGGGAGACUAUGCGUGAUUUCCGGGUUUGGAGAUUGAGUGAUGAGGUGCUUGGAGAGGGUUUGAGGAGUGGGUCCGGGUAUUUGGUGCAUUUGCUGUUGGUGAAGUAG